CCCGGCUUUGGGAACGCGUGCGUGAAGCCCAGGUGAACUCUGUUCUCUGGCUGUCCCGGGGAGAUUACAGCAGGACAUGCUUCCAGCCACUGAGCAGCUUGACUUCACCGGCGGUGUCAUGGGAAUGUGGCUCACUGGACGGAGAUGAAACAGCACGCCUGACGCCUGACAACGUCCAGUCGGAGGCCGCUGUUACAUGAUAUUAUGAAAGUCCACUAUUUGCUGCUUGUUUGCGUGUCACAAACGGGAUUACUUGAUAGAUUUGUUACCUUUGGCAGCUUCCAGGAGAAGGUAAGAGGAGCUGUGGAGAUUUGCCCAUACAAAGGCCUUUUGUUCCCGACCAGCGGCGGAGGUGGAAACGCAGGAGAUUGGAUAACUGGAGGCUGGGAGAUGCAGCUGUAAGGACAUUUUCACUCAACCACUAUCUGUUUGAGCCACGCUUUGAACAAUGGAUGCAAGUAACAACCCGGACGAGCAGGACAAGCAGCCGUCGAGCUCCUUGAUGAAUGUGUUCAGCAGCUUCUUCGCGUGGGAUCGGCCGGCGUCUUCAGAGGAGAGGGCGCCCGUGUUGACGGCUUACAAGGAGCUGUCAGAGGAAGAGACUCCAGCAGGUGAAGAUGGUCAAACCACUGACGGAAAGAACAAGCUGGACGAGGAAACCGCUUCCUCCGACCAGAAAGGAGCGUCGGUCGACCCUGAUCUGGUGAAGGUCACUCGGGUGGAAACACACAGUGACACCGAGAACGAGGAUGAGGAGGAGGCUGACCGCGGCACCAUGAGCCUCUCUAAGAAGCUGUCCCAGAUGAUGGCGUCCGCUCCACCCGAGGAGGACAGCGACAAAGAGGACCACGGGAACGGGGACGAGAAAAAAGACGCCGUCGAAGUGCCGAUGUUCAGAAUUCAUAAAGCGGCCUCGACGCGUUCCCUGGUGGAAGACAUGUUAUAUUCUGGCAGGUUUGCCGGCAGAUCUAAGGCGACGACGACGACUAAAACCCCUUCAGUUUCCAAACGGGGGGCUGACAGGCCGACCAAGGAGAGCCCUGCAGCGGCGUCUGUGGAGGCAGGAACGCUGCCUGCUGCAGGGCAGAGCACGAAGGAUGCCGUGUCAGAUCAGAGCCAAGAGUAUUCCGGGAUCGACUGCUCUCAACCUGUUCCCUCCAUCAUCUCUAAGCAUCCGGCUGUGGAAGAUGCAGGACCGAAAGCCGACGCCAUUUCUCCUCCAAAGCAAACAGAAGCAUCAAAAGAAGAGAGAAAAGAGUCCAAAUCGGAUGGCGAGGACAGCGUCGACGAGGACUUCUCCUCCGUUCCUUCCAGCCCUCAGACUCUGAUUCCGGUCAUCUCUGUUAAAUCGGCGUCCAGCGAAGUGAAGAGACCGGACACCUUGAACGUUUCGGGCUUGAAAAAGCCUCCGUCCCCAUCUUCCUCGCCUGUGAAGUCUCCAGGAGACAAGCAGGUCUCAGGAAGUCCCGUCGCAAAGCACAUCGGCUCAAAGACGAAGGAAUCAAGCACGCCGUCGCCGACUUCACCUCCAUCCUCCAGCGCCUCGUCUCCGUCCAGAGGCACUCCGCUCUCCUCGCCGCCGUCCUUCCACAUGCCGGCCCUCUUCAGCGGCCUGCGGGUGCUGAAGAAAGGAGCCGUGGGCGACGAGCGGGAGGUGGUCUCCGAGAUAAAGCAGAGGGAGAAGGACGCGGACCUGGCUCUGCUCAGCCUCAAGAAGACCGUGAACAAGACCAAGCAGCUGCCGGAGCAGAAGACCGGCUCCCCGGUCAAGAGGAGCACCGAGACCAAAUCGCUCUCAGGCACCAAAAGCAUCGUGAUGGGACAACUCAGCCACCUGCUCAACAGCGACAGCCCCAGAAAGACAAGCAGCGAGCAGGAGAGCAAGACGGAGCCGAAGACUUCAGAAAAGGUCGUGGAGAAGAAGAGUCCAGAAGCGCCGUCUCCCACUUCCAGUGAGCAGAAGAAGACCUCAGACCUCGCCUACGAGACGUUCAGGAGCGUCUUCGGCCCGAAGAGCGUCGCCAAAAAGACGGACGACGUGGAUCUGGAGGCGGUGAAGAAGAAAAUCAAGAACGAUAAGGAAAAUCUGAGAUUAAUUUUCGACAGAACCUCCAAAUCUCCCAUCAGGGAGCGCAAGAGUCCCGCAGACGCUCCUACCGAGGUCACGUCCCCCGCAGACAGCGAGGUCCACACUCCGGGGCGUCUGCACGCCGUCUGGCCGCCGCCCAAAGGGAAAGAUGAGGAAGAGAAGGUGGGACUCAAAUACACAGAGGCAGAGCACCAGGCGGCUCUCUUCCAGCUGAAGAGGGAGCGCAAGGAAGAUCUGGACAAGAUGCAUGCCGACUAUGAGCUGCAGAUCUUCCAGCUGCGCGGCGAACACGCCGUCUCCAUCUCUCAGCUGCAGGAGGAAAUCAGCCGGAUGCAGAGGGACCGGUCGUACAACCCCAGCCAGCCGCUCCGGGAGGUGCGCGACGUGGCCGUGUCCACCGCGGACGACCCGGCGGCGAAGACCUCCCGCACGGUGGGCAUCCAGACGGACAGGGAGACCUUCGUCAAGACCCCGGAGGGCGAGGGGGGCGGCCUGGCUCAGAGCCCGGGACAGGCCGCGCCCAAAAAACUCAACCUGGACUCCAUUGGACUGGCUCUCAAACCUGGAACGGCCCCGGGGGCUCCUGGACCGCCGCCGCCGCCGCCUCCUCCUCUACCAGGCGUCUCAGGAGCACCUCCUCCUCCUCCUCCCCCACUGCCAGGCAGCGCCGGAGCCCCUCCACCCCCACCGCCACCUCCUCCCCUCCCUGGAAGCGGCCCGCCGCCUCCCCCUCCCCUCCCUGGAAGCGGCCCGCCGCCUCCCCCUCCUCCCCCCGGCCUACCUGGAGGAGGCCCCCCUCCUCCACCCCCUCCGCCAGGCGGUGGCCCUCCACCUCCUCCCCCCAUGGGGGGCUUCAGCGCGGCCCCGAGGGUGGAGAAGGCCCCACGGAAACCCGCCAUCGAGCCCGCCUGCCCCAUGAAGCCCCUGUACUGGAGCAGGAUCCAGAUACUGGAUAAUAACAACAACACGCUGUGGGGCUCUCUGGAGGAGCCAAACAUACUCAACACCAACGAGUUCGAGGACCUUUUCUCCAAAGCGACGCUGCAGCCGAAGAAGAAACCGUUGUCGGACACCUUCGAGAAGAAAGCCAAACCGAAAAAGCUCAUCAAGCUGCUGGAUGGGAAGCGUUCGCAGGCAGUCGGCAUCCUCAUAUCCAGCCUGCACCUGGAGAUGAAGGACAUUCAGCAAGCUGUUCUCAAUGUGGACAACUCUGUGGUGGAUUUGGAGACCAUUGAAGCGUUAUAUGAGAAUAGAGCCACCAGCGACGAGAUGGAGAGGAUUACCAAACAUUACGAGACCUCCAAAGAAGAUGAAGUCAAACUUUUGGACAAACCGGAACAGUUUCUUUAUGAGCUUUCCCAGAUUCCUAACUUCGCCGGCCGGGCCCACUGCAUCAUCUUCCAGUCGGUGUUCCUCGACACCAUCGCCUCCAUACAUCGAAAGGUGGAGGUUAUCUCCAGUGUGUCCAAAGCUCUGCUGGACUGCACCGCCCUGAAGGACAUCAUGGGUCUCAUCCUGGCCUUCGGGAACUAUAUGAAUGGAGGGAACCGGACCAGAGGUCAGGCCGACGGCUUCGGACUGGAGAUCCUCCCCAAGCUGAAGGAUGUCAAGAGCAGGGAUAAUCGGAUCAACCUGAUGGAUUAUGUGGUUUCGUACUAUUUGCGUAACUUCGACGAGCAUGCCGGGACAGAGAAGAGUGUGUUCCCUCUCCCGGAGCCUCAAGAUUUCCUACAGGCCAGUCAGGUCAAGUUCGAUGACCUUGCCAAAGACAUCAGAAAGCUGAAGAAAGACCUAGCCGCUUGCGAAAAAAACGUGCAGAAAGUGUGUGAGAACUCCUCCGAGGAGCACCUGCAACCCUUCCAGGACAAGAUGGAGGGAUUCAUCUCUACCGCUCAAAAGGAGCACUCCGAUGAAGAGGAGCUACUAAAUGCUGCACAGAAAAGCUUCCAGGAUGUGGUGAGCUACUUCGGGGUCAAGCCGAAGUCCGGAGAGCAGGAAGUGACGACGAGCCACGUCUUCAUGCUCUGGUACGAGUUCGGCAAUGACUUCAAGAACACGUGGAUACGGGAAAACAAGAACAUCUCCAAGGAGAGGUUGAAGGAAGCUCAAGAAAACAUCAAGAAGAUCACAGCGGAGAAGAAAGUGGAGACCAAGAAGAUCAAUGCCAACAGUUUGAAAGAGCGGCUGCGGCAGAAGGAGGCCGGCGGCGUGUCGUCCAGCUGAGGGGGGGCGGCGAGUGGCGGGGCGACAUGGAGGAAACCGCCCCGUCCUCUCCUGCCCUCUGUUCCCUUUAUGGACUCAUAUUAAAACCUCGCCGGACUCCUUCCUGACUUCUCCCACUGCCGUUGCCUCUGCCCAGUGCUUCUCUCCCACCCCCCCUCGCUCUCCGACGCCUUCACCCCCGCGGCGGGGAUUCACGGCUGACACGGCCGAAGUGAUGGGAGUCCCGGGGGCCAGAGGUCGACCUCAUUCAUCCAGCGUGGCGUGACCCCCUGAGUGGCCGGCUUGUGAAAGGUCUCCAGGGUUCAGCGGGAUUCGCAGCAGCGCCAGCUGACACAUCAGCCAGGUUCCUCCUGGAUCCUCCGCGAGCCUUCCUGUUUCUUUUUUCUUUUUUUCCAACUGUAUCAGACGGUGUAUAGUCAGAAGUUGUCGGAUGUGGCUUCCUGGCAGAGCCUGCUGAGAGGAAAAUCCCUGUUGACAAAACACAUCUCUCUCUCUCUCUCUCUCUCUCUCUCUCUCUCUCUCUCUCUCUCUCUCUCUCUCUCUCUCUCUCUCUCUCUCUCUCUCUCUGGAAGGAAGCGGUUCCCAGUGUUCUUUGCUGUAGCGUAUAGCUUUUCAUUCACCACGGCUCAUUAAAAGUCUUGUAAAUAUGUCAUGCCGUCGAAUCGGCAGGGACCGCGCGGAUUUGAGCAGGAAGACGAACGACCCACGGUGAAGACGUGUUUUAUUUUACGUGUAUAAGUUUGAAAAAAAAAAUGUAUAGAAUUUCUUCUCUUUUUUUUUUCAGUGCACUAGACAGAUCAAAGAGCAGAAUCGUCGGCCUUCUUUCUCACGCGCUCUGAAAACGCGAGACGAACAAAACUGCUUUUCAGCACCUCGUUCCGUGCAUCUCUCGUCCUCGGCGCACUUUUAAGCACUUUCCUGCUCGUGGUAGUUGUGAGUUGCAGCACGCUGUAAACCACAUCCCCCCUUGUUAUGCUAAUUGCGUGCGUUUCGUUGGGCAGGCCUGCACUUUUUUUGCACCUCGUUUCCUAUGCAAGAUUAUUCUUUCCUACAAGGUUUAUAUCGCUUCACGGUUAAAAGGAAAAAGGAAAAACACGAUUUAUUUUUUGAGGAAAUGUUUAAAGAUCAUGCUUUAUUUUCACAAACGUAGGAUGUGAGCGCGCUCUUGUGUCUUGUAAGAAAAGCCUAUUUAUGUAAGGAAAGAGUUAUUUUAUGCCAAGAAAAGCUUCUUUUUUUUUAUUUUCCCCCCUCUGUAGAUCUAUUUUUCUGAGUUGUAACCAAAUGAAGUGAGGAGCUGCUUGAUCAAUCACUCAGAUGUGUUUUCACAUGGCCGCUGUGUGCUGCGCAGAUGUGGACGUGGAGUCAUUUGCAAAGAAUGAAGACGUUUUCCCUUUAGUUUCGGAGCAAUGAGGGUUCGCAUUUCGUCGGUAUCAAGAACAUUUAGCAUUCGUCACCUCGAGCCACGUCCGUUGCUAUACCUCAGACAGACCUCGGCCAUCAGAAUACCCAUGAAGCUGCACCUUUUUUUUAACCUCCAAAGUGGUUCACAUGUGCCAUUUAUUUUGUAUUUAAAAAAAAAUAAACUAUCUUGAAAGUAUAUUUUACUCCAGGGGGGUUUGAACAAGAGAAAUAUGAACUGACACUGGUGGAGCCUGUAGUGAUGUACAGUACGUCAGAUCCUGUAUCCGUCAGUAGCUCUCAUGUAGGUGCUCUGUAAUUUUAUGGAAUUGUUUUAAAUUUCAAGAAUAAACUACUGGAUGGCCGGUGAGCCGCGCUGGUGCCGGAUGGUGGAUGUGGAACUCG